AUGAUGCUGUGUUGUAAGCUCUGCUCCUUUUCAUGCUUGCAGGAUUUCACACUCCCACCUCUGGGGAAGAGGAGGAGGACAGCGUGGAGCAGGAGUGUUCCUCCUGGCCUCAGGAAGCACGAGAUGACCCUCUUGGGCAGCAGGCACUGGCAUGGCAAGGCUGAUCCUCUGGGUGUGGUGGCUGCCUCCCUGGUGAGCCAGCUCUCUGAGCAGCAGAAGAUGAGUGAGCCACCUUUCAGCUGGUUCAGAGGGGUGUAUUUACCUCCUGCACUGCACCCUUUAAACCAGACACUAGUCAAGGGUGGCAGGUGGCAGGCCGUGGGCAGCACCCAGGAGAGGCGCAGGUCCUUCCUGCACGACUUCUGCCGGAAGCAGCACGGCAGGAAGAAGCUGCACAGCCACCUCCUGCACCUGGUGUCAAGAAUUUACGUGGAGGACAGGCACAAGGUCCUGUACUGUGAAGUGCCCAAAGCAGGCUGCUCCAACUGGAAAAGGGUCCUCAUGGUGCUCAAUGGGCUGGCUGCUUCGGCACACAACAUCUCCCACGAUGAUGUGCACUACGGAAAGCACCUCAGGAGGCUGGACAGUUAUGACCUGGAAGGGAUAUCCAGGCGCCUGAACACCUACACCAAGACCAUCUUUGUCCGUGACCCUAUGGAGAGGCUGGUGUCUGCCUUCAGGGACAAGUUUGAACACCCAAACAGCUACUACCACCCGGUGUUUGGCAAGGCAAUCAUCAAGAAGUACAGACAGGACGCAGAGGAGGAGGCACUGAAGACAGGCUCGGGAGUGAAGUUCAGGGAGUUCAUCCAGUACCUGCUAGAUUCCCACCGCCCAAUAGGGAUGGACAUUCACUGGGAGCAGGUCAGUAAGCUCUGCCACCCCUGCCUCAUCAGUUAUGACUUCAUAGGGAAGUUUGAAACCCUGGAAGAAGAUGCCAAUUACUUUCUGCAGCUGGUAGGGGCUCCAGCCGAGCUGAAGUUUCCUAGGUUCAAAGACAGACAUUCCUCAGAUGAGAGAACCAGCCCAGAAGUGGUGAGGCAAUACCUAAAGGAACUGUCUGAGGAGGAGAGGCAGCUGACCUAUGACUUCUAUUAUUUGGAUUACUUGAUGUUCAAUUAUACCUCACCAGCUGUAUAGCACCAGAGCAAGGUUCAGGCUUCCGUGAG